CCAUCCUCAUCAGUGCUUCUUGCUUGCUGAACUAUGCCAGGGUAUCUCACAGGAUACAGUCUGGCAUGCGUCUACGACUGUCCGCUGGCUCUCAACGAUCACCACUCUGGAGUACGGGGACUGGAGCCUAGAGACGCAUAUGCACGCAUCGAGCGGAAUGUUCAGGCCUCUCUGGAUUGUAUCGUCGGGACUAUGCCGGUGCAGCUAUUUAUCGACAACUUCCUGCCCGAUGUUCCCCCGGACAGGAAGCAGGAGAUUCUCUCCAGCAGGGAUGCCUUCAGCGCGGUGCCAUCGAGCGGCUCUACCCCUUCAGCUAUAUACGAACCCCUGUCCACGAAUAACAAGAGUCGUUCCCCCGGACUCGUCUUCGAGAACACGUCCAUUCGUUCGGAGCAGCCACACGAACCAGGUUUAAUGAAACCUCACAUUUGCUGUUUUCGGUCGGAAAACCUAGAACGUGUACGCCACUUGCCGCCUUAUUCGCGCGCUGAUCUUGGCUAUGCGGAGCUAUUCAUCGAAGUCAGGCCGGACAUUGCUUUCGAAUACUUUAUCGACCCUCUCACUUCAAGCCAACCAAAGGAGUGGAAGAAGCACGACGUCGUCGUCGAGAUCAAGGACGACCGGAUGCGGGAUCGUAUCGAGAGGGCUCUCGGGCAACACAUCGCGUACGCUACGGAAAUCCAAGCACGCCAACAGCGACUCUGCCUCUUCUCCGUCUCCUUCUGUGGCUCCCGCGCCCGCCUCUUCCGCUGGGACCGUUCCGGGAUCAUCGUCAGCCGCUCUUUCGAUGUGCGCGAACAGCCGGAACUACUUUGCGAAUUUCUAGCUCGGUAUGCUUGCGCCUCCCACAUGGACCGCGGACACGACCAAACGGUGGAGAUGGCGACUCUGGCGGAGGAAGCGGUAUUCCGAGACGUCGUCUCGCGCCAUAUCGAGGAUCAGUUGGGUCUUACAGGCGACGACCUCGCCGAAGCCGUUUCAGAGCACUACCAGGAGGGCCAUGUGAUGGCCGUUCACGUCUUCGUGAACACUGGCACAGAUGUCGUUGUCGACCGCUACCUCGUCUCCAGGCCGGUCACAUCUCCAAUGAUGCUGGGCGGACGUGCCACUCGCGGCUAUUGGGCCGCUCAAGCGAGUACUAGGCGACUGGUUUUCCUCAAGGACACUUGGCGUCUUCCUGGAGAACUCGAGGGCGACGUUAUCGCCGGACUACAUACGGCGGGUGUGCGCAACGUCCCACUCCUCGUGGCUCACGGCGAUGUCUAUCACAGGCUUCCAACGCCCGGCGAAGUGCGCUCGCGCGAGCUCAUCCACUAUUCCUGGACUGAUGUGUACGACACGACAUCUUGGGCGUCCCUAGUUGCCCGGAGGAGGAUCUCAGUGAAUACUAAUGUACACUACCGGCUGGUUCUCGGAACCGUAGGCUACGCAUUGAAGAGCUUCAAGGGCACCGACGAGCUUCUGCACGCGACAUAUGAUGCAUUUCAGGCCAUGAGGGACGCCCUUCAAAAGGACUCGCGGUUGCACAGAGACAUAUCCGUCGGGAACAUCCUCCUCGUGAAAGAACGCGGCAGCGAAAUGCGCAGAGGCUAUCUGAUCGACUGGGAAGCAUCCUCCCGUGUUGACAGUGAUGGCCGCUCCCUUUGCGCGUACAGAAUGGGCACCUGGCGGUUCAUGUCGGGCAAAAUGCUGACCGAGCCCGAAAAAGGGCACUUCUGCCAGGACGACAUGGAGGCCCUCCUAUACGUCGUCUUCCACUGCAGCCUCCUCCACCUCCGCCACAACCUCCGCCCCGACCAGCUGCGCCCGCUCAUGCACGAGUUCUUCGACCGCACCUUCUCCAUGGGCCGCCAGCUCUACGGCGGGGCGGCGAAACGGGUGAACAGCGCUACCCGCCUGUUCAGCGGCCGCGUCAAGUGGGCCGACCCCGAUAUCCAGACAUGGCUGGAUGCGGUCAUGGACCUGCAGGGUCCUACCAGCAAUCCCCGCGAACUUGCGCACUUGUGGGCUGACCCCGAGCACUUGGAGACGUUUUGGCGGACCUUCCUCGCUCAGCGUACUCUGGCGCGCGACGACCGGGUUGAGAACAAGCUCUCCCCACCCGAUCCACCGCUCAACUAUGCUUCCGGCUCGGACGUCUCUUUCGUGGGCUCUUAGGGUCGUUCGCUGUGGACUAGCUGGGGAACACUGUGGGCGAGCUGAGAGAGGCGUCUCACGUUGCGCAACGUUUGCUGUUGCGCUCUUGGGCUAGUCCUGCUCCCCUAGGCCGAAGUGCGGCAAGAGCAUCGAUGCUACCGUAGCAACAGCCCUUGGUCAGACUACCACGCCAGGGACGGGCCAUCAGUACAAGGCGGUAAGGAUACUUUCGAUUACGUCCUACAAGACGACUGCUUGAGUUGAGCAGGCACAACGAGCAGAGGGUGCGGCUUCCACUCGGACGGGGGCAUGUUGCUCUAGAUGUUGAACGGCGCUGGAGUCAUGUUCCUGGAUUGUAUGAAUGCGAUGUAUUGUGGUUCUGGUAUUGUAUUCUAAAUUGUUUAUUCG